AUGUUAAGGACUACAACUUCUCAAGCAUAUCAAAAAAGGAAAACAAAUCAAACAAUUUUGCGUAGUAGGCGUAAAAUACCACAAUAUUCCGACACUCUUAAUAAUUCAUUGUAUGGGUAUACUGAUGACAACAAUAAUAAUAGCAAUAAUAGAUAUGGUAAUUUCAAUGUAUUAAAUGAAACUAAUCAUCCUGGAAUAGUAUAUUAUUUUAUUGAAAUAAGAAAUUCUGCCGUAAAUAAUAAUAGAAAUGAUCACGAACGAAAUAAUGGUAACAACAACAACAAUAAUGGUAAUAGUAGUGGUAGUAAUAGUUUGUACACAUAA